AACUGCGUUUUCACAUAUGUGUGUUUCUUCAACAUGAAUGACCUGCGCUGAGCACUAGGCCGUAACAUAUGCGGAUUCUAUUGGUGUGUAUGCCUACGUAUGCCUGAGCAUACGAUGGGUUAAAUAGAAUGAAGGGCUCAUCCUUCUAGUAAAUUACAAUUUAUAUCAAUAAAUUAAAAUCACGAGAAAACUGGUCAAAGAUAAAAUUUUCGCUCAUGACGACACGUUAAUCCUUAUUGGAGCGAUGUCAACGCCAUCUUAUAGUGAUUUUUAGAAGUUUAUAGUUGGGCCUACCUUUAUGUAGUUAUUCUACUCACCGGUAGAUGACGCUAUAGCUGGGCUAAACGCAGGCAGUUUUAAAGUUAGCUCAAACAGUUUGAAAUGGGUCCAACUUGAACUUAAAGAUUCUUUCAGUGACACAUUGAGCUCAAAGUACGAGUUGGACCAAAAGUUACUUUUUAUUGACAUUGUCUUGUCAAAAAUGUCAUAAUACCACCGACGGCGCUGACCGCGUUUAUUUUAAGUUAGUAAAACUGAUAAAACUAUCACAUUUUAGCUGAAAAGAAUGUUGAAAACGAAGUGACAAAAGCAAUUUAGAUUUGUAUGGAGUUUUUUGAAAAAGCGCAUGUUGUAAAACGGAAUCAAAAUAUAGACGACAAUAUGAAAAAACAACUAAAGCAAAUGUUGUAUGGGUACAAACAAAACGAUAAUAAACUCAUUCGAGAUGCGGCCAAUAUCGAAAAAGAAGAUGACUCCACAUCUGUAAGUGGCUUUUCCGACCUCGAUUUAACCGUGUCUAGCAGUGAGGGGAAUAGCACACGGCAAAGGAUUUCUUUCAUAGGACCCGGAAGUGUAAAAGAUGCAGCAAUAAGUCUUGAUGAUUCUAUAGAUAGUCAAUCUCAUAAAUCUUCAAGUAGCUUUGACGAGAAUGACUUUCAGAAGAUAAGUGAUGUGUCUCUCUCUGAUAUAAACGAGGACAUUGAAAGUCUAUCUGAAGGUUCUGUUUCUAUCAAUGAAAGCAAUGAUAGCGAUGAUGAUUUCUCAAUGACAAGCACUUCUGUAGGUUCUGCUUCAGAUGUUGAGUCAAGCGCUAGUGAACCAUUUGAUCCCGAUGGCACAUUGGCAUCUAAAAUAUUUGAAAAAUUAAAAUUGAGGGAUAAUCCAAAAGUUACCAAGAAGGAAAGAAAAAGGAAGUUAGAUCAAAUACCAGCACCAAAGAAUUAUAGUCAAGAUUCUCAGAUGGAAAGUGACUCAAGUGUUGAGGUGCUUUCUGAAAAGGGAUCAGGGAAGGAUUCAGUAGACACAGUUGAUUACUCGAACAUUACAUCACCGUCAUUUGUUUCUGUAAAUGCAGUAGACAUGCCUCAUCAAUCCCUCAGUGAUGUACUAGGAGACUACACAUACCCAACUGUCAGAAACUUGCCAUCGGAAGCCCAGAAUUUGUUUGCUACCAACAAGUCUGGUAUAUUCCCUACUUUGGAUGAGGAGAGUGUGAAUGAUGUAAAUGACAGUUUACUCCCAGAACUGGGAAGUGUACUAGAUGACCCAGAAGUCAUGGAUUUAGAUUCCAGUACAGACAUGCCGGUCGAGGAGAGCUCAUUGGCUUAUGAUGAAACUAUAGAUACUGAGGAAACAUUCCAAAGAGAGAAUUCAACAGAGUCAGUUGACACCAACUUUGUAAAUCCUGUAAAUAUUUUCUAUGGAAAAAAUUGCUGCAUACUAAUUCUUAAACAUCCUGCCGAAAUAUACAUUCAUGGAAAAGUAAAAGUUACAUUGUUGGGGGGUUUAGUAGAAAUUGGUGGCUACACUCUGCAAGAUAAGACUUACAAAGUAUAUGCACCAAAUUACAACUGCGCUCAAUACUUACGGACACUGGAUCAUGACAAGGGCUAUUAUGGGCUAUUUGCAAAGUUGACAGGGUCUGGGUUGUCUGUGGCCGCCACUGAAGAAAUUGUGACCACCCUCAGUCCCUCUGAUAGUAUUGUACAAUUACAACCGUUGCAUGAUAGAAUAGCUCAGUUUGUAGAAAACAGCUGCACUAUAACAGAUCUAUUUUCUAAGACAAACAAGAAUGUAGAUGGCUGCUUCAGAAAAGCAUCAGACUUUUUGGGAUGCUCACUGUACCUUAUGAAACCUUGGAAGAGUUUUGAGGAGAAUCCUUGUUGGAGCCAAGCCUUGCAACAUGGAUAUAAGCCCCAAAGCAAAGGAAUUUUAUGCGGCGGUAAAGGCUCGGGCAAGAGCUCAUUCCUGCGGUACUAUGUGAAUAAGCUGCUGGCGCGCGGAGCUGUGCUGGUGAUUGACCUGGACCCCGGCCAGAGCGAGUUCACUCCAGCCGGGUCUGUGUCCGCCACUGUGGUGGAGGAACCGCUCCUUGGGCCGCCGUUUACGCACUUGAAGACACCCGAAAGGAUGUUGAACAUCGGUAUCAUUAGCACAAUGGACAACCCGAGACGAUACGCCACGGCGGUGCAACAACUCAUCGACUAUUGCCAUAGCGAACCCCGCUUCCAAGACCUCCCAUGGAUCGUCAACACUAUGGGCAUGGUCAACGCUCUAGGCCUCCAAUUUAUGGCCCUAAUGACCAUCUUACUACAACCAACCUUCAUCCUACAAAUAGACUCUAAAAACCCUAAAAAGAGAUACGCACAUCACCUAGACUCAGACACAGUCAAAUCACUGUAUUACAAAUACCAGUACAACUAUCUUUUCAAACCAAUCAAACUUCAAAACGAGAUGGAUUAUGCCCUCAUAAUAUCAAACGCUGACAGUGUUAAGGGCAACUUCUCGCUGCCGCCUAAGGAGGAGCGAUACCUUAACUUUUUGGCCUAUUUCGGCAGCUUGAUGACUAAUAACGCCACUGAUGACUUCCUGUUAAGCGUUGUUCCGUAUGAAGUGGACCUACGCAACUUAUACAUCGCGUUGAACGUUCGCAUCAAUGAAGAGAAUAUUGCACGAGUAAUAAACGGCAAAAUAGUAGCACUUUGCAAGCACGAGGGCGACGGAGGCAAGAUAUACACGCUCAGAGAUACUCCGUUGAGGUGCUACGGACACGGUCUCGUUCGCGGGAUAGACUCGGAGCGGGGGCUGUGCUACGUGGUGACGCCGGCGGCGGCGGUGCGGACGGCGGCCGACACGCUGCUGUACGCGGACUGGGCGCCGGAGCUGCGCGCGGGCGCGAGCCUCCCGGCCGGCUCCGCGCUGCCGUACCGCGCGCCCGCCGCCGCGCCGCAGCGCCAGCUCAUGUCGGCCCCCCGCCGCCGGUACAACCCGCUACAACUCAUCAAAAUGUCUAGGGGUCCUAAAGUGAAAGCUUCCAUCGGUUAAUAGAAGUGUAAUCGGAGCGGAUCCGAAAUAUCACCUUAAAUCAUAAAAGGAAGUCUAAUUUUAUGUUAAUUCAUGUAUAUUUGAAAGAUAAUUUUGUACUUACAAUACUAAUAAAACAUAACAUAGA